AAACGUCCCGACAAUGUGGUCCACAAGCUUAAGGCGAAUCGUCUGUGUGAUAUAUGUAGUGGUGGUUAUUUAUCUAAUCACAAAUCUUGUUAUAUUUAAUUUCAGAUUUAAAUUGUCACUGAAGGAACGUUAUAAUUCAUCAUCAAACUGUACCGAACAAUUUAUAUUUUCUGAACAAAGGAUAUCAACACUGUAGGAAGGAAAUCAUUCGUAACAACUGUUCUAACUACGACAUCAGUGUACAAAACAGAGGUGUCAUUUAACAACUUUUCCUACCCACUGGACGUAAAUAUGGUAAAACUUGUACAGGAAUACAGACGUACUGGAUAUGUAAAGAAUCGUGUCAUCAACAAGUUUACAUACCGUUACCUUCAUAAUCCGACCAACAGAUGUGCGAGUAAUGGUGGAGGGCUUCAAAAUCACACGGAGGACGUAUUUGUGGUGUUCCUAGUGAAGUCAAAGAGUAGCCAUUGGCAACAAAGGAAUGCGAUUCGGCAGACAUGGGGUAAUCCACAUUAUUUCAAUAAUAUUAACAUCAGAACAGUAUUCGUGCUAGGUACGCCUGUAAAUGAAUCUCUUAAUCCCAUUUGGGAUGAAAUUAAACAAUUUAACGAUAUUAUUUUAAUGGAUUUUCACGAUACCUAUUUCAACAAUACAUUGAAAACAUCUACCUCAUUGAACUGGGUACCAGAAUUCUGCCCAAAAGCACGCUUUAUUGUUUUAGUUGAUGAUGAUAUUUACGUUUCACUGAAAACAUUGGUUUUGUUCCUUAACCGUCUACCAGCUGAUAAGCGUAUCAAGUUGUAUAUGGGACGAACAUACGAUGGUUAUCAACCCCAUCGUAGCACUGAAAGUAAGUGGUUUGUUCCCGUGUCGGAGUACCCAUGGGACACCUAUCCACCAUUCGUAGCAGCCGGAACAGUCAUAAUGACUAUGGAUUUUGUGUCGGACGUACGGACAGCAUUGCCGUAUACCAAAUUGUUCCGUCUAGACGAUGUCUACUUGGGCAUCAUCGCAUACAAACUUGGUAUAUCACCUGUUCACAAUGCUAACGUAUAUGGGCAUCGGACUACGUCAAGAAACAAAUUCGUUCUGGCCUCACAUGGAUUCACACCAGAACAAAUGAAAAUAGCAUGGAAAAUGAAUAAAUCCAGAGAGAAAUUCCAAAACAGAAUGAUACCAUGAGGAUUCAAGAGUUUCACAAUUCAAAUAUUUCGUUUCUGUAUUGUUUAUACCAAAAUCAAUUACCUUAUUUUUUACUUCCUCUCUUUCCUACAGUCUUAAAAACAGAUACUUUGACACAAUUAAAUGCGUCAAAUAAUAUUACUUCAUAGCAUUUCCUCUUUCUGGCAAUUGGCAUAUGUUUGGUUCCCCGACAUACUGAGUAAUAGGAAGGCAGAAAAAUAGACCUUGGCAUUACCACCUUCAAUUUUCAAAAAUCAUUUUAAAGAUUCUUUAGGCUGAUUUAUGUAAUUGACAUCAAUGGUUUUAGCGAUGAUCAAUUUACAUUAUAAUAAAUGCCGUUGUGUAUUUCAUAACAAAAUUUGUUUCCUUUCUUUAUGUUAGUCAUGUAUAUGUUAGAUAAAUGACAUUGUUUAAUAUGUUCCCCAUCUUCUUAUAAAGAGGUUCUGAAUAUUGUUUUUUCCUCUUGUGUAACAUAUAUCUUUGUACACGUUUGUACAAACAAGUUAAGAUGAAUUUAUGUCGUCAUUUAUAUUUAUAUUAAAUAACACGUAGGCCUAAAUAAAUGACAUUCUUUCGCUUUCAA